AUAUGACUGUUUCUCGUCCUCAGUGAAUGUGGAGGGCUGUGACACAGCUUUUCCCUUUCUUUUUUUUAUCCUCUCCACCAAAAUGAAUUUCUUUGAGGAGGAAAGACAAACAAGCGAUGAUGUUGUAAGAGGAACGAACGAUGAUGCUACUGUCAGCCGAUGUUCAGCAGUGACUUUGGGUUAUUUACAAGACCCUUUUGUUCAUUUAUUCGUGAAGAAGCCAGUGAGACGUUCACCCAUUAUAAAUCGAGGCACGUUUAUUCGUAGUUAUGCUAUUGAUUCCCUCGUGUCACAAUUUUUAGCCAUGGAAGGGCCAAAGAAACAAAUUGUAGCAUUGGGUGCAGGAUUUGAUACAAGGUAUUUCAAUAUCAAGGCUGGCAAUUUAGACAAGGAGAAUGAAAAGUUAUCAAGCCACUUGUCAAAGUAUUUUGAAGUGGAUUUUCCCGAGAUUACCAUGAAAAAAGCCAUGUUGAUCAAGAAACGUAAAGAAUUAUCCUGUUUAUUAGACGAUCUUGAUCAAGUGAAAAUCGAACGAGGAGGGAUGGAUUUGAAGAGCACGAGUUACUGUUUGUUGGGUGCCGAUUUAAGAAAAUGGUCAGAUAUCGCUCAUCAGUUAGUCGAAGCAGGAUUAGAUCUCGCAGCGCCUACCUUAUUUUUAUCGGAAUGCGUAUUCAUCUAUUUGGCACCUGAGGAUACAAACACCAUUUUGAAAUGGAUUACGGAUUAUAUGAAAAAUACGCUUUUUGCAUUAUACGAACAAAUUCAUCCCGAUGACGCUUUUGGAAAAAUGAUGAUUCGUAACUUAAAAAGUCGGAAUAUUGAUUUGAAGGGCAUUCAUGCCUUUCCUGAUUUGAUUCAUCAAGAAAAAAGGUUUUUGGAUUUGGGCUGGCAACACGCAAAGGCUGUCGACAUCAAUACUAUUCACGACAAGUAUUUGGACAGAAAAGAAAUUGCAAGAAUGGCAAGGCUAGAGAUUUUAGAUGAAUUGGAAGAGUGGCACUUGUUAUCAGCUCAUUACUGUGUUGCUUGGGCUUUUAAAUCGGAGAACUAUGAAACAGAGUUUUCUAAAGUUCAAUUACAACCUCAAUCUCCCAUCCCCAUCAAUAAGUAAGAAAUGGGUGUAUAUGUGUACAUAUAUAUUUUUGCUGCAGCAAAAUGUUAUUUAACCAAUCUAUCUGCUUAUAUAAAUUAUAUUCUACCAUCUACGGACGAAAAUAAAAUAUUCCGUUUGAUUGAUUUCAUAUCCAUAACAACAACACAACUAUACACAAACGUCAAUUUGAUUGAUCGAUUGCAUGAAUAAGCAAACUAACGCCCGUUAACCUUAUUUUUAAUUGGAACUAUUUCCACAAUUGGGAGUAAAUGUAUCACACGCUUACUUUUUUUUUUUUUUUGUGCCAUUAAAGAAAUCAUCUGUGUGCACUCAUGUGCUAUCAUGUCC